UAGUAAAAUAAUAUGACCUUCAAGCGAUCUGAACCUAUAGUCCAAGAACCCAAGGUACUCCAUUGUUUGGCCUUCCCAGAUUUAGCCAAGUAUCUGCCUCCUUCCCCAACAGAAAAGGACAACCCUAUGACUGCCUUCAUCAAGCUCGAUGAUUCUCCGAUGUUCCAAAAGCAGGUGCGUUAUCUUGAACAGACAACAGAUGAGCUCAAGCUUCGUUGUCAAAAACUACACAAAGGGAGCAAAAAGUAUAUGGAUGGUCUUGGGGAAGCAUGCAAUAUGGACCUUCUAUUUGCAGACUCAGUGGAGGCUUUUGGUGGUGGACAAGAUGACCCUGUCAGUGUAUCAAUUGGAGGUCCAAUAAUGACUAAAUUCGUUAGUGCUUUUCGAGAGAUUGAAACGUUUAAAGAGCUUCUUCGUUCCCAAGUUGAACAUUUACUCGUUGAUCGUUUAGCACAGUUUCUGUCCGAGGAUCUGCAAGAUACAAAGGACUCACGUAAACGAUUUGACAAAGCUGCACAUUCAUAUGAUCAGGCUCGUGAAAAGGUUGCAUCUUUGAAAAAGAGUACACGGGAUGAAGUUGUUGCUGAAUUAGAGGAGGAUCUACAGAACUCAAAAUCAACAUUUGAGAGGAGCAGAUUCAAUCUAGUAAAUUCUCUCACAAACAUAGAAGCAAAAAAGAAAUACACAUUUUUGGAAUCUCUUAGUGCAAUAAUGGAUGCUCAUUUGAGAUAUUUUAAGCUGGGGUAUGAACUAUUGAGUCAAAUGGAGCCUUUCAUUCAUCAGGUGUUGACAUAUGCCCAACAAUCUAAGGAACAAGCAAGUAUUGAACAAGAUAGACUUGCAAAAAGAAUUCAAGAAUUUAGGACACAAGCAGAAACAAAGGUCCCACUGCCUAUUAAUGUGGGCCCCACUACAACCACAACUGGUGUUACUGUAAAUGGUGUCGGAAUGAAUUCUGAUAAAAAUAUAGACGCCAUAAUGCAGUCCACAACAAAAGGAACAGUCCAGACAAUCAAACAAGGGUAUCUUUUAAAAAGGUCUUCAAGUUUACGAGCGGAUUGGAAGAGACGAUUUUUUGUACUUGAUAGCCGUGGGAACUUAUAUUAUCAUCGGAUUCCACCUAACAAACCUAUCGCUUCACAAUCAUCAAAUUCACUUGCGUCUACUGAACAACAAAGCCGUGUAUUUGGGAGGUUUAGAUCAAGGCAUACAAGGGCAGCAUCACAUGAUGAUGAAAAUUUGAGUUGUCAUACUGUUGAUCUUCGUACUUCCAUUAUAAAACUUGAUGCUGAAGAUUCGGAUUUACGUUUAUGUUUCAGGAUAAUUUCUCCAUUAAAAGCUUACACACUGCAGGCUGAAAAUGAAGCUGAUAGGAUUGACUGGAUGAACAAGAUCACAGGAGUAAUUGCCUCUCUCUUGAACUCCCACCUGAAUCAGACACAUUUUGGAAGAAGUAAUUUGGGCAAUAUCAGCGAAGCAGUUGAUGACGAUUUUACUGUGUUGAGUUUUAAUAACGAGGGGGGAUCUACAGGUGAUAACAUGGACAUGAAUCCAGCAGAUUCUGUCUCCAGUAUUCUUCGAGAGAUUCCUGGAAAUGAUCUGUGUGCAGAAUGUGGUGCACUUGAUCCUGAUUGGGCGUCUCUUAAUCUUGGCAUAUUAAUGUGCAUUGAAUGCUCUGGUGUACACCGCAAUCUUGGAGUUCACAUAUCAAAGGUGAGGUCAAUCAAUCUAGAUGUGAAAGUUUGGGAACCUACAGUUAUGGAACUGUUUAGAAAUUUGGGGAAUAAAUACUGCAAUUCCGUAUGGGAGAAACUACCUCAAACCAAUAAAUUUUUUAUCGAGGAUGAAACAGAUGCUGUUUUGGUUAGCAAGCCUAAUCCUAAAGACGCAAUUCAACAGAGGGAGAAAUAUAUCAAUGCAAAGUAUGUGGAGAAGCUGUUUGUAGAAGCCAGCAAUGGUAGUAACCCUAACCCUUCUUCAAAUGCCACAAGAAUAUGGGAAGCAGUCAAGGGCAACAACAUACAAGAGGUAUAUCGCAUGAUUGCUACAUCAAAUUCAAAUUCAAAUAUUGUGAAUGCCACAACAUACGAUGACGUGGCGCCUUCCGAUUUGAUCCACGAUCUUGAUUCCACUAAAGAUUCGGAUCCAAAAUUGUGUAAAAGAAUAAAGGAUUCUAGAAGGCCGGAAAGUUGUCUUCAAGGGAGCACGUUGUUGCAUUUAGCAUGUGGGUCCGGGUAUCAAGUGAUGGUUGAACUGUUGCUACAGUUUGGUGCUGAUAUAAACAGGCCUGACUACCAUGGCAGGACGCCUCUUCAUCAUUGUAUCUUUUCUGGAAAUAACAAAUUAGCCAAAUAUAUGCUCAGAAGAGGGGCAAUUCCGUCAAUUAAAGAUGGGGGUGGGCAGGGUGCCCUAGAGAGAGCCAUGGAGAUGGGAGCGAUUACUGAUGAUGAGCUACUAAUAUUGCUUUCUGAUGGGAAGUGAAGUGGAGACAGGAGAUCCGAGAGGAGAGGGGGGUAUAUAAGUCAUUUUGACACCGGCGAGUUGUUUCAUAGAGGGAGGAAGUUUGAUAUCUUUAUACGUUUUGCUUUGGUCGUUUAGAUUUGAUUUGUAUGCGUGUAUGUUGCAGUUGUACACUUGUUUAUGGCGAUAGUGUUUCUAUUGUCAUGUCAUGUGGUGUGAGUGUCUGUGUGUGGAAAUAUGAGGGAACAUAUUUAUAUUUUAAAAUUUUAUAAUGUAAACCACCUAAACGAAAGAGAAA